AGAUACUAUUGUGGCAGAAGCUUCAUAAUGUUUAAUAUGGAGAUGUGCCUCCACAGUUCAUUUUCAGCAUCGACCGUAGCAUCACGGACUUAUACGGGGCCGACGACUACCUGCACUUCUAAUACCAGAGGUGUGCAAAAUGACACCAAAAUUUAUUCGCGUCACCCAUGACUGCUAUUGGUGUACAAUGCAAGUCUAGCAGCAGUGUAGGCACAGCAUAUAUCAACGGGGUGCGUUCUAGGUACUCCAACUUCGCGCGCACUGAUACACCUAUCAGCGUCCAGCCUAAUCGUUGCACAUACCGUUUCGGGGUAGAGUCAGCCACUAUCGCAGUCCCAGGCCACACCGAGGAUGAAUAGCUAUCUACACUCUUUACGUCAGUCACUGCACCGCUGCCCUUCUACGCUGCAUAUACCAACGAUUCGGAAAAUUGCAAUGCUGAAACUGGUUACUUCUUGCAGCUUUAGUAUCUUCAGACAUCACAGCUUAAACAAAGUGUACUGAGUGCAUAUGCUGCUUAUGCGAUGUAACUUAUGUACAAUGGCAGGCAAGGCUAUACAGCUCGCGGUGGCAGCCGUGUCGCAUUUUUCAACCCGAACGUUGCCUCUUUCCUUGCAGGUACGGUGAUAAGACCGGAGACAAUGGCGGCUGAUAUUCCUGUGGCACUUUCUUCGAUCUGGACGCCGAUGCGUGCGUCGCUCUGCAUUGUGUAUGGCUUUCGAAGGCGAUGGAGCGCUAUCUUGGAUGGACACACACUGUUCAGGCUGCGUGUCGGGCUAAAAGCAAGUCAUAGACAGGCGAUUCUAGAAACUUCGAGCGCAGCCAAUAUUGAGGACUGUCACAUACUCAACAGCUUGUCAGGCUUUGUUGGUGAUAUGAGUUCCAGCGACGCUGUGGGAAGGAUUGGGCUGGUGACGGACAGCAGUGCUGG